GUGAUGGCAAUGAUGUCCCGACAACAAGACCACAACCGCGAGAUAGACGAUCAAAGUUUGAGUGAAUAAUAGACUGAAGGACCUUCGGCCCUGCGCCGCCUCCCUCAAGAUGUCUCGCCGCCCGCCGCGUGGAGAGUACAUUGAGACGGACACGGGCAACAAGGUUUCCCGCAAGGCCGUCCUCGUCGGCACGCAGAACAUCAUGCUGGGUGGCAAGACCGUCAUUCAGCCCGAGGUCAUGAUCCGAGGUGACCUGACUCGUACUUCGACUUCGGGCUCGUCGUCGUCUGCAGAGAGCAAGACGGCCGUCGCCAUUGGUCGGUACUGCUUUUUGAGCCGGGGUUCGUGCCUGAAGCCGCCGUCGCGGCUCCAUAAAGGAACAUUUACCCACAUCCCCCUCCGCAUUGGCGAUCACGUCUUUGUUGGCGAGCGGACCGUCGUUUCGGCCGCCUCAGUUGGCAGCUACGUCCACAUCGGCCACGACGCCGUGGUGGGCGACUUGGUGGUCAUCAAGGACUACGUGCGUGUGCUGGACGGCGCUGUAAUCGCGCCCAACACGGUCGUGCCUAGCUUCAGCAUUGUGGCAGGCCGGCCCGCCAGGGUCAUCGGCGAGGUCCCCGAGGGUGGUCACGAGGCCUUUCAGCUUAGAGAGCUGUACAAGACCGUCGGCAACAACCCUCAGCCUGCUGCUGUUGUCUGAUGUGGUGAUGGGAGUGUGUUAUUUGAGGAUCAGUAGGGAGUGGGGAAGUGUCCUGCUUGGUCAUGCGAUAUUGUUGCGUGGGAUUUUGGCCUUGAUACCUGAGUUUCUUGUCGUGUCUGUCUCUUUUACAAGACAGGAAUGCUGCUUCUGUUAUCCGUCGCGCUGUGCUUUGAGGAUCGUGCUGAACAGAUGUUGUAUGGUGAGCAUUGACAUAUGCCAUGAGUUUGCAUGUCACGAAUCGCCAGUGGCUGUGGGUGAUCGUGAACCCUUUUCCCCAGAGGGGAUGCACAGGUUACUAUGCCAAAAAUUGGGUUUGUUACAGUCGAUCUCGCCAUCGUUUUCUUCAAGAGGAACAGCCAUUGCGUCAAGGGGCUCUUCUUAGGUAAUGAGAAAACCCUCUUGAUAGCAACACUAUCGGACCCAAGGUCCAAUAUAUAACAUUGGUGCGACCAACCGCAAGCACGUUCAUAUAAGCAGGCAGGUAAUCCAUAUUGAGUUGCAGCACUGGGGUUCACCAAAAGAACAAUUAUGGACCACUUCAAUGUGCAAAAUACCAUGUGCUUCGUUAAAACUAAUCAAGGCUAUAGACAAUGCCAUCAUGUAUAAAAUAGGCUAAAAGAAGGACGAGAAUGCGAGUUUUUGCCCACACGACACACCCCCGCCAGCUGCCACCCUUUUCCUACCCCAUACAGCCAGUUCCCCCCUCACCGCUGGAUGGUGACGGUGGAAGAGCCGCUGCUAAAGUAGCCCUCGGUGGCGACGAUCUGGUAGUCGUGGGUGCCGAGCUUCAUGCCCAUGGAGGCCCAGGCGUCAAAGUGCUUCUUCAUGUCGACGGUGCCGGAGCUCCGCUUCUGCUGGCGGACGGACCAGUACUGCUGAAAGGUGCGGGUGCCGUCGAUGGACGGCUGGUUGGUGCGCGUCGACUGGGCGACCUGGUACGUGGCGCCGUCGACGUUGAUGGUGCCCUUGCGCGAGGCCUGCGAGGACGGGUCGUACGUGCCAAAGUUCUCGACCACGUAGUACUCGACGAGCGGGUUGCGCGUCCACCCGUAGACGGACAGGUACGAGUUGCCGUUGGGGCGGUAGUUGGCAGAGUAGGUGACAUUGCUGGGGGGAUGUUAGCACUUGUUGUUGUUGUUGUUGUUGUUGUUGUUGUUGAUAAAAGCAAAGAUGAGAACAAAAACAUACCGAGCACUCCCCGGGUUCCACCCCUUGCCGCCGACGAGGUUGCCGUUGCCGGACCAGGUGAUGCUGUAGGACCCUCCAGCGUUGU